GUAUGCCAGUUGUAGCGGCCGGAAGGGGAGACGGCAGGGGAGAGGUAGAAAUGACGCAGCAGUGAUGCUACGGGAAUUCUCGAUAACGCUUCUUGUGUUAGUCUACUUCUCAGUUUUCGUAACGGCUAGCGAUUGACGCUGCCAUAUUUCUUUAAAUUUCAUUUAAAGUAGCUACAAUUAAUUUAUUCGUGUGGAAAAGAGUUAGUGAUCUGUGCAAUUAACUUUAUAUGCGUCGUUCAAUUUUAUGUGAACAGUGUGAUUUAAAAAUGUAUAAAAGUUGUAUAUACUUAAAAAUUGAGCUUUAAAAGGGUUAUUUAUUUUUGGUAUGUGAACACUGUGAUUUGAAAAGUCAAAAGGGCUUACAGACUUGUGAGUUAGACUUUAUAAGUGUAAUUUAUAUUCGAUAAGAGUUUUUUUUCUAUCUAUUCUUUCAUUUCAUUCAGCUGGAAAUCGUGAUUUAACACCGUGCCUAAAAAUAAUAUUUAAAAAAAAAAGCAGAAGCAGAUAAUAGGUAUAAACUUGGGAAUAAACCACCAAAAGAGGCGCCAAAAAGUGCCGGUGAACGUAUGCUAGAGUACAGGGCGCGGAAAGGGGCAAUCUCCCCCCCCCCCCCAUUUUUUGUUUUUUUUUGAGAUCAUGGCUGCAUCCUUACUAUUCUCAAUUAUUAUCUCUUUUUCAUUUAAAAAAAAAUACUAAUAAUUUAUCUCUUAUCUAUACCUAACAAGCAAGAAGUUUCACUUCUAUCGAUAUAUAUAUAUAUAUAUUCCUACAAAGCGUUUGUUAAAUUCCAUUUAUUGAAUAUUUUUUUUGUAGUGUAGUCUUAUUGUGGUUCGCGAACAGACGCCGUCGCGUCCUUGGCGGGGAGGUGGGGGGUGGGAAGGUGGUAAGGGGGGGGGGGGUAGGUGGGUUUGUCCCAAGGCUCUAACGAGGCGACGGGCGAUGGAGGUGCGUCACCGCAAUUAAGGCCACGUCGUCGACAGCGAAGACACAGGGUGCUCUCAGGGUCUCCAGCAUCGCGACGAGUAGCGGUCACUGCGACAAAUGCGGUCGGCAGACAUGGCGUGACCCCCAGCUCCGAUGCAGCUGGCGAGGGGCUGGCUCCUGAAGGCCAGCGUGGCCUUGAACGUGGUCGUGGUGGUCCUGUGGCUGUCGCGCGGGCACCGCAGGGACGACGACUUCGGCGACGGAGUCGAGGAGGAGGAGGAGGCGACCCGGCGGAGGUCGCGCCGGCUGAAGGAGCUGGUCGAAUGCUUCGACGCGCCGGCGGGGUUCAAGGUCGCGCAGCGCGGCGCCUACUGGGUGCUGCUCAACUACGUGCCGGCGGCCAGGAGGAGGCUGCGCUGCCACGAGGGGGUCACCUUCACCACGCACUGCGACCACACGUACCUGGGCAACCUGGCGGCGCUGGUGGACCGCUGGCGCGCGCCCGUCUCCCUGGCGCUGUACGCCCCCGGGGACGACUUCCCGGCCGCCUGCGACGCCGUCGUGUACGCCAGGUCGUGCCUGUCACCGCUCGUCGCGGAGUUCGUGACCUUCCACGUGUUCUUCGACUCGGGCCAGCUGCCUGGGGCGGUGCCCUCCCCGGAGGACAUGCUCUCCAGGGCGGCCAACUGCUCGGCUCCGGCGCCGUGGGAGGAGACUGCCGAGACGCACCGCCGGCGCGGGGAGAUCCCCUACCCGGUGAAUGUGGCGCGCAACGUGGCGCGCGAGGCCUCGAGCACGCACUUCGUGCUGGCGGCCGACGUGGAGCUCUACCCCAGCCCGGGGCUCGCCGACGGCUUCCUGGACCUGGUGCUGCGGCGCGGGGGUCAUUCGUCUUCGCCGUCCGGCCCCGAGGUGUUCCCGCUGGCCCUGUUCGAGCUGCAGGAGGGCGCCGCGCUCCCCGGGUCCAAGACGGAGCUGCUGGCCAUGCUGAGCAACGGCAGCGCGGCGCCGUUCCACGAGAAGCUGUGCCACGACUGCCACAACCUGCCCAACGCCCGCCGCUGGCGGGGGACUCCCGAGGAACCGCGUACGCGCGUGCUAAACGUCGGCCGGCGCACAGACCGCUACCGGCACUGGGAGCCCGUGUUCCUGGGCACGCGCGACGACCCGCUGUACGACGAGCGCCUCACCUGGGAGGGAAUGAGGGACAAGAUGACCCAGGGUUACAUAAUGUGCGUGAAGAGAUACCGGUUCCUGAUCCUCAACAACCCAUUCCUGGUGCACACGCCGGGCAUCAAGCGGAAGGUGGUCGACGCCCGGCGCAGUGAGGCGAUCGAGCACACCAACGCGCUCAUCGACAACGUCAUCCUCCCGGAGCUCAAGCUUCUGUUCGGCUCCGACGCCAAGUGCAGCGUGUGACACGAGGGCCGACCCCGUGGGACACUCUAGGGGAAGCGUUCGUUUCACAGACGAGAGAGCCACACCCGAAGUUACCCGAAAGUUCAUGCUCGCUUUUUUUUUUCCCCCGUACCACAACAGGUGUAUUUAUUUGGGGGAAAACAGUUUACAUGAUUUCACAGUAUCUUUAAUGUAGCUAUCCUAACCUAAUCAACCGUCCCCAAUGUUUUAAAGUAGUAUUUAUAACGUAGCUAACCUAACCUAAUUGACCAUUAGUUAUCAUGAGUUGUAUAUUUAUUUACAAUGACCCCCAAAAAAAAAACCCGAAGAUGCACGAUCGGGCGUUUGGCUCUCUCGUCUGUGAAAAGAAGACUUCCCACACUCUAGAGCGGAGCUGGCAAGUUUACCUUUUCCGAGGACGCGAUACCAUUUCCUUGGAACCAGGAAUGCGACAAUCGAAAUCCUCAAAUACCUUCAAAUCUCUACUAUUCAAAGGAUUCGACAUUCAAAGAAAAAUAUCCGACUGAAUUAAAGUAAAUUGAGAAAUACAACAACUGAUAACCUCUGAAGUUCACAAGGUCAAUUUUUUUUUUGUAUUUGGGCCAAUCCAAUCCUUAGUAUUCUAAAAAUUCUAUAUUAAAAAAAAAAUAUCUGACUGAAUUAAAUUAAUUAAGAAAUUCAACACUCAUAACUUCUGAAGUUCACAAGGUCAAUUUGUUUCUUCAUGCCUAUUCAUUGUAAUGUUAACAUGUAAUUAUGUAAGUAAAAUUACGGUAUGUAUUGAUUCUGAAAACUUAGUUUGUGAAACAACCAUUUCCAGGAUAGAAUGUUUCAACACCAAAGAUAAUAAGAGGUACUUUCUGAGAUUCGGUUUCGAGAAAAUUGGUCAUCACUAUUCGAAACUAAUCAGAAGGCCAGACAGUAAUAAUUAAAUACUACAUAUUUUACACUAAAA